AUUUUAUCUGUACGUUGAAUUAAGUCAUGCUUAAGUUAUGCACUAGACACUGUCAUCAUUUUGGUAGAGCAAUAAAAUUCAAAUUCCUUAUAAGCUUAUGCGUCUGCAGGAUAACGUUAUUCAUUAAUACUGAAUAUUACUGAUGCCAUUGUAUAUACUAUAGUAAAGAAAGUUCCAAAUCAGUUAUGCUUGCAAUUCAAUCUGUUUACACUAAAUUCAAAGUAUUGAAUUUUCUGUGUGCUACCUUCAUUAGUCACUUACCUUUGUACCUUAUUUUAUAUGAUAACAUCAUUCUUAAUUGUUGGUGGUGGCAUUGACUCUUGAUUUUAUCUUAUUGACUCGAGCUUUCUAAGCUUAUUCACUUGUAAAAAUUCAUCAUCAAACUAUAAAAUAAAUUUGUCCUGGAUUCUCACAAUAGUUAUAUUUAAUAAAUCCCACCUUUUGCUUUCAUUAAAAUAAUAGCUCUUUAUAUUAUAAUCUAUGUCCUUUGGUUUUCUUUGAGUAGUAAAGAUUCAAUUUUAAAUUUUUUACCUGUGAUUUUGUUGGAAUUUUGUUGCCUUAGAUUUCAAGUGCUUGGAUUGUAUUGGAUUGAUAAUACUGUUCUCUAAUAUGCAGAACCUUACAAACUUGUUUUUACUUAAGUUUUAGACAAUUAAAUCUUAAUUUUGGUGUGCUCUCUAUAUACAACCUAUAGUAAUCUUAGCCCUUUUGGGAUUUCAGUUCUGUAAGUGACAUCUGAACUCAUAUUUAAAAAAACUUGUGAAAGUUAAACACAUGUUUGUGGUGAAAUUGGCUGCCUUAAGCAACAUUCAUUCUUGACUUUGUAACUAGUUCCGCUUGCUUUGUAUCGAUUCCUUGAGCUGAUCUAUCUAGAUGGCAACCCACAUGUAGUUCUGAUGGUUGUCUUCUGACCAGGCUGAUAGCCUCAUCAAUGGUCUCUUCUUACGCUAAGCCUAUGAGUUUGCAUUAUACAUAAUUGUAGACCGGAAAAUUUGACUCGACGUUGUAGUACUGAUUAUUUGUAGGUACUAUUAAUAUACACAUUGAUUUUUGGAGUGGUGGGACUGUUCGUAGAUGAAACAAAAAUAUAAGUUACUAAAGAGUUUCUGGGUUAAAUUGGCGCAAAACAGGGAUAUUUAGUUGCCAUGAUUUGUCAGCAAUUUGUUUUCACUCUAAAUAGUAGAAUUGCUCUUCCAAAAAACUUUGGUAUUGUUAUAGUUUUGUGGAGACAAGGACAUGUAUAUAUGAUAGAAGGGGGAAAGUUGAAUAUUUGUCAAAAAGGGGGAAAAGUUGUACAUGAACCAGUAGAUCAAUAGCGCCAAAUGAGAAGUCUAUGAGCCUUCUUGAUUUUCUUUUGUGAGUUGGAUGUGAGAUGGUUGUGUUUUUGACCCUUUUUAUUUGAGAAUAAUGUAUUUGAAUGGAUUAUUCAGGUGUAAGAAUAAUAUCGGCAGAAGUGAAAAACUGUUUUUAGAUUUACAAAACACUUUUUUUACGUUGUUGUCUGCGACAACAAUAGCACACGGGGAUUUAGACUUCUUAUGAGGUUCUAAUCUUUGUUAUACGGACAUGGGCCACUUGUUAGCAUUGUGAAUAUUUUCAUAGCCUAUAUUCUUGUUUAAUUUAUGUCCAUAAUCCCAUCACCUUAAAAGAAAAACACUUUUCUCCAAGCUAAUAAACACCUGUGUUUGAAAUACACUACGAUGUGGUCUUAAAUUUGCUUGUUGACGGAUAUGUUUACAACAAACUCUUAGGCUCUGUAGGCAGUGCUCUUAACAAAGAUAGGUUCUACGAGGCUACAAAAUUUUUUAGACUGAAAACUGACAUCAGAAGUUUGUAUGGAUUUGUCAUCAAGAUGGUUUGUGAAAUGGUGGAAAACGAACUGUUUGAAAGUUAAGGACACAUUUUGCUCAAGUCUGAGAAAGUCUCCACAAAUGUGUGCUUAAAUUUUAGAAUGUUUUUUAUUUUGGUGGCUGGCUGUGCACCAAGAUGUCAUUAAAAAAAUUGAAGUCCUAGAUGGUCUAAAAUAUUAUGUUCAUAUUUGAAAGUCGCCCUCUAAUUCAGUAUCUAUUUCGUCUUACAUUUGAAUUCUAUUUGUAAAUCAAAGCCACGCUCUAGUAGACAGUGUUAUAAUCCAUGAAUACUAUAGAGUCCAAACUCCAAAGCAUGUAUCAUAUUUGCUGACAUCCACGAAUUAAAAGCAUGUAUCGUAUUUGCUGACAUCCACGAAUUAAUGUUAUAUGCUAAUCCCUAUGACAUUAUACUAUGCGGUUAUGGUUUCAGUAAGUUCGCUCAAUUUAUGUUGAACUCGGAAGUGUUGAAUUUUUCGGUGCACUAGCUUGAUUUGAUUGUCUUACCUUUAUGUCUUAAAAUAUAUGAUAAUGUUACGUGUAAUUAUUGGUGGUUUUAGGUCUUGAUUUUAUCCUAAUGGCUCGUGUUGAGAAGCUAUUUGACUCAUGUAAAGUCCCUGUUAAAUUAUAAAUCAAAUUUGUCUUAGAUUCCCACCUGCAAAUAUAAAUUAGUAAAAUUCACUUUUUUGUUAAAAUCUCAAAAUUAGCUCUUUGUUGUCCUAUGCUUUUCUGUAUGUAGUAUAUUUAUCCGCAAAGAGCCUAAUUUGCAUGUUUUAUAUUUUGUGUGAGUGGUAGAUAUUGGUUUUGUUGUGCUAAUGAUGCUGUUAUGCAUUUUUGUUGCCUUGGACUUCAGUGCGAGGACUGCUAAAGCAGCAUGGAUUUGAAUGUUGUGCCACUGCCGGAUGACGAGGAUGAUACAUUUGAACAGCAUUUUGAAGAUUACAGAGCAUCAGGAAAGCAACAUUUAAAUCACGCAGAACAUGUUGAGAGUGCAGUUGAUAUAUUACGCAGGGAGCGUGAAGAAAGACGUCAGCGAAUGAAAAGAGAACGACCAGAUGAAAGAGCGAGUAAUGCAUCUCAAACUGCAAGGAAUGACCAGAUGUCUCAAGCAAAGCACCAUAAACCUUCUGAUAGAAACAAGCUUCCUCCAGGUUGGUUGGAUUGCCCUGCAGCUGGUCAUGAGAUUGGUUGCAUUAUUCCUUCAAAAGUCCCACUUGGGGAAGCCUUUAAUGACUCGGUUCUUCCUGGUAAAAGAUACUCUUCUAGGCAAGUGAUCCAUCAACAAAGAGUUUUAGGAAGAAAGCUUGGUUUAAUAAUUGAUCUUACGAACACCAGUCGUUAUUACCUGGUGACUGAUUGGAAGAAAGAAGGCAUCAAACAUGUUAAGAUUUCCUGCAAGGGGCGUGAUUCUGUUCCUGACAAUGAAGCUGUAAAUCAGUUUGUGUAUGAGGUUUCACAAUUUUUAGUCCGGCAAAAGCAGUCAAAGAAGUAUAUUCUUGUUCACUGUACCCAUGGGCAUAACCGUACAGGUUUUAUGAUAGUUCACUAUCUCAUGCGUUCACUACCUAUAUCUGUCACUGAGGCUAUCAGAAUAUUUGCCGAAGCGCGUCCGCCAGGAAUAUACAAACCAGACUAUAUUGAUGCUUUAUAUACAUUCUAUCAUGAAAGGAGGCCCGAUGUCGUUGUUUGUCCUUCAACCCCAGAUUGGAAAAGAUCUGAACUUGAUCUGAAUGGUGAUGCAAUGCCAGAUGAGGAUGAUGAUGGUGGCCCUGCUUCUCCAGUACAUGAAAAUCAUGAAAUAGAGGGAUCGAUGACAAAUGAUGAUAUUUUGGGAGAUGGUAUCCCUUCUGACCAGCAAGAAGCAAUGAGGCAGUUUUGCUAUCAGUCGCUGAAAUUGGGUGCUGGGGUAAGAGGCCACUCACAAUUUCCAGGAUCACACCCAGUUUCACUCAACAGUGACAACUUACAGUUGUUAAGGCAACGGUAUUAUUAUGCUACAUGGAAAGCCGAUGGAACACGUUACAUGAUGCUUAUUACUAUGGAUGGGUGUUACCUAGUGGACAGGAAUUUUACUUUUCGACGGGUCCAAAUGAGGUUUCCUUGCAAGCCUACUAGUGAGGGGCUAGCAGAUAAGACCCACCACUUCACUCUUCUUGAUGGGGAGAUGAUUAUCGAUACUUUGCCGGACUCACAUAAGCAGGAAAGAAGAUAUCUGAUAUAUGAUAUGAUGGCAAUCAAUCAAGUCUCUAUCACAGAGCGUCCCUUUUACGAACGUUGGAAGAUGCUUGAGAAAGAAGUUAUUGAACCCCGGAACCAUGAGCGCCAUAACAUAUAUCAUAGUAGAAAUCCUAACUACAGAUAUGACUCAGAACCAUUCAGGGUUAGAAGGAAGGACUUUUGGUUGCUUUCAACUGUUACCAAACUUUUGAAGGGAUUUAUUCCAAAGCUUUCACAUGAUGCAGAUGGCCUUGUUUUUCAGGGUUGGGAUGAUCCUUAUGUCCCUCGUACACAUGAAGGACUUCUGAAGUGGAAAUAUGCAACAAUGAACUCAGUUGACUUUCUGUUUGAGAUGGCUGACACGCGCCAGCUACUAUAUCUCUAUGAGCGAGGAAAGAAAAAGCUGAUGGAAGGGAAUAAGAUUGUUUUCAAUGAUGAUACCGAUCCCUCCUCGUAUUCUGGUAAGAUUGUCGAGUGUUCUUGGAAUUUUGAAGAAGACGUAUGGGUCUUUAUGCGAAUCAGGCCAGACAAAUCAACCCCCAAUGAUAUCAACACCUAUAGAAAGGUUUUGAGAAGUAUAAAGGACAAUAUCACAGAGGAAGUUUUAUUGAAUGAAAUAAAUGAAAUCAUCCGCCUGCCAAUGUAUGCUGAUAGGAUAAGGAGUGAUAGCAAAGCAGCAGCUAAUUUAACACGACGCAGGUGAUGAGCUGGCACAAGACUGGAGAAAAUCAUUUUCACAUCGACAGAAACAGAAGUGAGCAGUAGUACAACCCUACCUUAUCGUGUGUACGUUUCAGCUUUACACAAAAGAAAAUCGGGAGUUACUAAGCACUUCAAUACUGGCUGGUAGCCAAGUUCUAUAGCAAAGUAGUGGCAACAAGUUAUCGGUGCAAGUAGUAGCCCAUUGUAGUGCUGCAAGUAUGCCAACUGGUGAGUUGUAUGAUCCAUUUGUCACCUAAAUAGCCUUGGUGUUUGAAGUUCUUUUUUACCGUGUCAAAUGAAAGUAAUUAGUAUUAGGAUCAUCAUGUAUAUCAGCUUCAUUUGGAUUAUUUUUACUUCUAGUAUAUUUUACGUAUAGAAUCCAGCGUCUACUCAAAAUUGGAAUUGUUACUGUAGUAAGCUUUGCAGUGAAUUUAGGCUAGCCAUCAGUGUGAUACUUUUGUUGAGCUUAUGUCAUUGUUUUUCAUGCUGUUUCA